UGUAUUACUAUUUAUUACGCUGCGGCAAGAUAACGCGCGCUUUCCGAAAAGCGCUAAAAGUUUCGGCGCGCUCCUUCAGAUGAACGGCGAUUAACCAUGAGUUUCGUGCAAGUUCACAGCGAUGUAAUAAAGCUUCUCUUCGAAAAUCUUGGCAAGGAGUUUCGUGACAAAAAGACAGUUUCCACUAAAACGCUGAAUGAGCUGGACCACACCUUUAGAGCUCCCCUUCAGCCGGCGUUGAGACUCGUUGACAGACGCCGUGUCAAGCGCCUAACAUGCCCACGAGGCCGGGUGGUCUACCAAGUAUCCGGCGAAACGAGAGCGUUCUAUACCUGCCUGCCAAGCAGCAACUUCUGCGCCUGCUAUUCGUAUCUGCACCAAGUACUACGAAGACAAGAGAUACCAAUGUGUAAACACGUACUUGCAUCAAGACUGGCAGAAGCACUUGGAACCUGUGAAGACGUCCGCUGCACAGACGACACAAUGGCAUUCUUGUUGCAAAGCCUCGGUUAAAUAUGGCUGCACACAGGCUGCUGUUAUCAGCUAAGUAGGUUUAGAAAAAUCUGUACAGAAGAAUGUUAAAAGAAGGCUGCACACCCCAGACAUGUAUGCCGCUCGGACAACCACGGUUUGAAUAAAUUUUUCAAUGUAGGUUUCAUGACUAUCAUGAUAGAUUCUGCACGUGAAGCACAUGCAGCUUAGCUAAGACACAAAGAUGACAAGUGUAUAUAUUUUAUUCUGUAAAAAAAUAUCCCAAAGCCAACGUUUCUUCUGAUGCAGUCGGUUGGUGAUAUAAAAAUAUGUAUGACCAUA